AUGUUGGAGUUCCCCUUACUGAUGUGUCAUCUGCUACCUGCAGUAGUGGGGAUUUAUCCCAAGUUUUUCCCUUGUGAUGGGGAUCUACACUUUGUGGACUGCAUGGGAAGGGGACUGACCAGUGUUCCCCCAAUUAGAUCGGAGAAGGUGUGGUCACUAAACCUGAAUCACAACAAAAUCAGUCGCAUUCGGAGUGAGGAUUUCUCUGGCAUUCCAAGUCUGAUAAACCUUACCAUGAUGUGGAACUGUGCUCCUGGUCGGUACAAGAAUUUGGGAAUUCCCUUGUGCACUUUGGAAAUCGACAGCGAUGCCUUUGUGGGUCUUAGAAAUCUCAUGAGCCUGGUCUUAUCAGGGAACAGUCUGAAUUCCAUACCUGCUUUACCAGAGAGCCUGCAGGUCCUUGAUUUGGAGUUCAACAACUUGUCCAACCUGACACAUCCACUAGGCACCCCAUUGCUGAAGCACCUCAUGCUCACAAAGAACUGUUUUUAUGCCAAUCCUUGCAACCACACAUUUGUGAUUGACCAAAAGGUUCUCAAGGAGCUCCCAGAAUUGCAGGUCCUCCUAUUGGGUUUCAACAAUAUAUCUAAAGUCCUAGAAGGCCUGCCCCAGUCCUUGACGCACCUUGAUCUGAGAGAGAACAAGAUAAGGGAAAUUCCGUCCAAUGCAUUUGCCAACUUAACAAAACUAGAGACUCUGAACCUGGCAUGGAAUUGCCAGCGUUGUGACCAUGCUGCAGAGCCGUGCUUUCCUUGUCCUCACUCGGAACCACUGGUUUUGUAUAGUGACAACUUCCUCCACCAGAGCCAUUCACUAAAGAACCUCAGCUUGCGAGGAAACUCCCUCCGCACAGUGCCACCUGGACUCUUUGCCCCACUCUCUCGGCUUAAAUACCUCGAUCUCUCUGACAAUCUGCUAGCUUACACCAUGCGCAGUGGAACAUUUUACCAGGAUUUAAGAAGUGUUACAAAUCUGAAUCUGAUGUAUAACUAUGAACCAUUGAGGUCCUUUGAAAGCCUUGUUCUGUCACCUUUCCUUAAGAAUGUGUCACGUUUGGAGGCACUGUCUCUGAAUGGCUACUUCUUUCGUACCUUUUCAACAGAAACGAUGGAGAUCCUGGCCAGCCUUUCCAAUCUGAGAUAUCUAGACUUGCGGUCAAACUUCAUCACUUCCUCCAACAUGAGUGCUUUUAAAGAUAUCAAGAGCCUGAGAAAACUGCAGCUUUCGCAAAAUCUACUAGAUUUUAUCCCAGUCUGUAAACCAAAGGAAGCAGGACAGCAGUCAGCUGAUGAGGGUCACAGAGCCAUCUGGGUCAGCAGAGAGAACAGACGGAGUGUAGAAGACCAGCCCGAGUUCGAGGACCAUUUUGAAUCUGAGCCCUUCGUAAGACGUGCACCAUAUGAGAGGAUGUGGCCGAACCUAACAAUGCAUAACUUCUACAAGAAAUACUGCUCCAGGGCAUUAUCUUUUGACUUGUCCUACAAUAACAUUCUGACAGUUAAUGCAAGUGUUUUUGCUGGCAUGGAGAAAGUAGUUUGCUUAGAUAUGUCUUUCAACUACAUGAGCAUGAAACCAAGUGGACAGCAGUUCUCUUAUUUGAAGAAGCUUAGGUACUUAAACUUGGCCAACAACCGAGUUGACCUGUACUUUAGGGAAGCAUUUGAGGAGUUGCAGAGCACGCUGAAGGUUCUGGACCUCAGCAGCAAUUCAUUCUCUUUCUUGAUGAUGGGUAUUGGGCACAAUUUCACAUUCUUGCGAAACCUCACCUCUCUUGAAGCACUCAGCCUAGACAACAAUCAGAUCGGCUACCGUGUCUCUAGCCUGAUAAGUGCUUCUCUGAAGUACCUCUACUUCUCUGGAAACAGACUGGACAUCAUGUGGGGGUCUAGUGAUCAGUACAUUGACUUUUUCCAGCAUCUCACCAACCUGGUGCACUUGGACAUUUCCAGCAAUCAGCUGAGGUCAGUUUUACCAGAGGUGCUCGUUCAUCUCCCUCAAAGCCUCCAGCUUCUCAGGGUGGACAGCAACCAGUUAAACUAUUUCCCAUGGGAUAACAUCACAGCACUCCCUGAGCUGCGCUAUUUGAACCUCAGUGGAAACUACUUGUCCAAGUUGCCAAUCAACACUGUGAGUUUCGGGCGAAAUUUCAGUGGCCUGGACUUGAGCCGAAACCAGAUUGCUGCUCUUCCCGAAAAAUUCUUCAGUCAGAUGACUGGGCUUGUGUUGCUGAUGUUGAACCACAACCAACUUAGGGUUCUAGAUGCUUCCACUCUACCUGCUCCAUUCCGGAAUAGCAGUGCGCUAAGAGAACUCACCCUGCAUCUAAACCCAUUCAUGUGCAGUUGUUCCACGUCUUGGUUCGUUGAGUAUCUGCGUAAUACAAACAUCACAAUACCCCAUCUCACCACAACUGUCCAUUGCGGGUUCCCUGAAUCCUUGCAAGGAGUGAACAUCCUCACGAUAGACACCCGCUCCUGCCAGGAGAUCUUUGGAGGAAUUUCUUUCAUAUGCUCCUUUUUGCUUACCAUAAUGUUUACUGUGUUUCCACUGCUAAAGCGGUUGUAUGGAUGGGACAUUUGGUACUGCCUACAGGUGCUGUGGGCAGGAAAUAAAGGCUACUCUCAGUUUCGGGGAAGCUCAGCCACAUUGCACCAUGAACAUGACGCAUUUGUGGUAUUCGACACUAGAAACCCUGCAGUCAGAGACUGGGUCUACGACGAGCUGGUGGACAACAUAGAAAACAAAGGCAAGUGGAGAUUCAACCUCUGCCUGGAGGAGCGGGAUUGGGUCCCGGGCGUGCCGUGCAUCGAGAACUUGCACAACGCCGUGCACAACAGCCGCAAGACCGUGUUUGUGCUGACGAACUUCGGAGCAAGGUGCCAGGUCAGUGGGAUUAUACGACAGGCUUUUCUCCUGGUGCAGCAACGGCUGCUGGACGAGAAGCUGGACGUGGCUGUGCUUGUUCUGCUCGAUCCGCUCUUCCACAAGUUCAAGUACCUGCAGAUGAGGAAGCGUCUGUGUAGGAAGUCGGUGAUCUCCUGGCCCUCAAACCCGCUGGCACAGCCGGUGUUCUGGAACCGGCUCCGUGCUGCCCUGGCAUCAGACAAUGUCCUUCACUAUGACAAGAAAGUCACGGGCAGCUUUUUGACUGAAUAGUGCAUCUGUAAUAAUAAUAACUUGGUUUUAUAUAGAGCCUUUCAAGUAACAAUUCAAGUAAAUGUUGUCAUUGUUAGUAAGGCUGUAACUUGUUUUUAAUAUUCAAUUGUGGCGAACAGACUGAAGAGAUCCUAUUUCAAAUUACUGGAUGGCAAAGCCAUCAUAAACCCUGUUGUAUACUGUAACAGUCUGUGUCAGAGAGUGGAA